AUGCCGGCAAAGUGGCCCAAACUGAAGAAGCCGGCCGGCUUCUUCACCAGCAGCGACAAGACGACGACGACGACUACCGGGGAUGACACCCGUCUCCAAAUCGGCCCGCCGCGCCUCCCGCUCCUCUCGAUCUUCCCGCGGGUCCCGCUCAAGCCGUUCGACGCGCCGCUCAUCGUCUCGAUCGACUUCGGCCCGUCGCUCGAGGUCUUCGAAGUCGCGUCGCUCGUCCAAGUCAAGGUCGCGGGCCCGUCGUCCGCACAAGAUGCCCGUGGUGAAGCACGAGCGGACGCCCGUUUGCUCGAUGGUCGUCUUCAUGAGGAACAUGAUGGGCUGAAGUGGCAGCGGACAAACUUCGAACCAACCCCGCCACUCUCCACCUACAUCAUCGCCCUCAUCGUCCACGACUUCGGAUCCCGCUUCGAGCUCACCAAGCGGGGCGUCAAGAUUGGCGUCUACGCGCGCAAGGAGUUGAUGCCGUACACAGAGACGGCCCUCGAAGCCGGGCUGAUGACCGUCCCGGCGCUGGAGAAGCUCACCGGCGUCAACUACCCGCUGAGCAAGCUGGACAUCUUUGCCAUCCCCGACUUUGCCGCCGGUGCCAUGGAAAACUGGGGCAUCAUGACGUUCAGGGAGUCGAAAGUCCCAUACUCCUACUACGACAUCCUCGACAUGUUCAGUGAACAGGUAUACCCGAAGGCGGCCUACGGCAUCUACACGAUGUUCACCACCCUCGGCGAGGAACGUUUCGGCAAGAUGAUCAAGGGAUACCUCGAGAAGCACCGAAUGGGCUCUAGCGUCACGGCCGACAUCUGGGAGGAAGACCCGAUCAAGGACGACCGGUGGCAGCUGGCAAGGGACGCGAACGAGGACCACAACCGCAAGAAUCUCUCCGGCCUCGCUCGCCACUACAUCUAUGAAGAUCUGUUCUCCAUGGCCCGUGACGGCGUCGUCCCGUACGAGAUUGCCGUCAGCUUCCUCGACGACCUUGACAAGGAGCCAUUUCCUGGCGCUCGCAGCGUUCUUGUCGGCGCUUACAACACGAUCAAGGACCGGAUUCUCGACUAUUCGACAAGCCACCGUGCCCACGACAUCAUGGGGAAUGCCAGCGUCCACUACCAACGCCUGGUUAACAGAGCCGAGGCAAAGACGUCGAGCAACAACAACGGCCGCCAGCUCAGGCUCAAAGCUAAGGAGAAAGCGGAGUCGCGGUCCCGCUUCAACGAGCAUGACGAGAUCCAGGAGUUCAACGACAAGCUGUGGGAGCGCGAUCGGCUGCGCAGCCUUGGACGCCAGCUCCGCGACGCCGAGGAGCCCAAGUGGCGCCGCUUUGAGCGCGAGGUGAUGAGCGCGUGCCCGGGGGAGAAGCAGCAGACCAGCAAGUGCAGCAAGUACGGAUGGGGAGACCGCUCGAAUGGGUAUUCGGAGGCGAUCCAGAGCGCCCGCGGGCAAGAGGCCGAACGGAUUGCCGCCUUCAUGUGGAAGAAGCUGGAGAUUGAGACCGACCUCGACGAGCAGUUCUACCUAAACCGUGCCCUCCUCGUAGCCCCCAACUGGGAGUGGGCCGAGCGCAUGCUCGACCACUUGAUCAACAACACGGGUCUGGCCCGACUGCAGAGUACCUCCCGGAUGGCCCAGACGGUCGGGUGGCGCCCCGAGGCGUUCGAAUGGCUCUACAACAACAUUGGAUCCAUCCACGAGAGGCUCAGCUACGAACCCGACGAGCGCAAAUCCUUGGUGGAGAACAUGUUGGGCCAGCUUCGCGGCCGUGACGCUCUGACCAAGCUGAUCAUGAUGCGCCAGCACCCCGACCUGCCCGAAGACCUGCGCCCGCUGCCUUUCUGGGAAGACCUCGCCGAGCGGCAGCGCCUCAAGAUCGAGUGGUGUCAGAAAUAUGCGUUCGACCUCCUCGAGCUGUUCGCCAAGCUGCCCCAGUCGAACCGGCAG